UCAUAGCAACUGUUGUUCUGGUCAGGCUGUUUUAAACCUAAUUAAUUUGUCAGAAAAGCUUGAUUCAACGUCAUUUGAACAAGUUGCUGCAGGCAUAAUUAAAAACAAGAUGAAGCGAAAAGGCAUAGAAAAAUGCUAAUCCUUUAAAAUAUGUACAGGAUGGAAUCCAUUAACUUUACCCGUUAGGACUAAGGAUAAUAAUUCUUCCAGAAAGUCUUUCAAUCAGAUAUUAUUCCAAACAGUUAUGAAGUUAACUUCUAUACUGGAAUUUAAAAAAAAUCAAACAAAUAAAAUGAUAUCAAGUCUGCGUAAUAAUCUAGGGUCGUCUACUGUUGUUGUGAACAAUGUAGUUAACAUGAUGACAUCAUUGCAACAAAAAAUUGAGUCUAAAUAUAAAGUAGAGCAAUAUGAUUUUAUUUGGAAUGAUGAAACUGUAACAAGAGAUAUAGUAUUUAUUCAUGAUACUUCUGAAUUUAUUCUUAAUAUUUUAAGAGGUUUAGAUCCUCUUUCCAGUAUGGUACAUGUAUCCAUUGAUGGAGGUCAAGGAUUUUUUAAAGUAAUUGUAAAUGUCUUUGACAAGACCAAUAAAAAUGAGACACACAUCGACAGUGAAGUUAAAGAGUGUUUUAUACUUGCUAUUGUUGAAGAUAUUUUUGGAGACCAUGGAAAUCUGCAGAAAAUCUUGAGUAGAUUAAACCUAGAUGAUGUUACGCAUCACGCUGCAUUUGAUUUAAAAUGCGCUAACAGCAUUUUCAGUUUAUCUUCUCAUUCUGUUAAAUAUGCCUGCUUAUGGUGUGAAGGUGAAGGUAUCCUAGAAUGUGGUAUUCCAUGAAUGUUAGGGUUUCUUGAACAUUGGUACAAGUUAUUUGUUGAAAAUGGGGCAAAGCGAUUGCAGAUGAAAGAUUUUUAAAAUGUGAUUAGUCCUCGUCUUGUUUGUUUUGAUAAAAAUCCUGAAGUUGAAAUUAAUCACUUAGUUCCACCACCAGAAUUACAUCUUCUUAUGGGAAUUGUCACACUUCUUGGUAGACAACAUUUAGAUCAUUAGCUUUUGUUUACGAAUUGGCUCAAAGAGCAUUAUAUUUUACUUUGUGGUUAUCAUGGCAUAGGCUUUGAUGGCAAUAAUGCCACAAAACUUUUAGAAAAAGUAGAUAUUUUAGAAAGAGAUAUUUUAGCAUCUCAAACUAAUUUGAUACCUGUUGUUCAUUGCCUCAGAAAGUUUUUGAAAGUUAAAGAGUACACAUUUGGACGAGAAUUAGGCAGUAAUGUUUCUUCAGUUAUUGAAGAGUUCAAAGUAUCAUUUUUUGACCUACAGCAGUAUAAAAAAUACAUUUAAAUGCAGAACUGAAUGUUACUUCGAAAGUACAUAUAGUGGUUUGUUAUAUUUUCCAUUUUUGAAAUAUAAUACUUGUUCUCUUGAGUCAUAUGCUGAACAGACUGGAGUGGCUAUUCUCAGUGCCUUUAAACCAAGUUAGUCUCGAUAUAAACAAAGGAUUGGGCAUAUAGAAUAUGGUAAACGAUUAAAAUCUGCCACUGCCCCUUUUUGCAUAGGUAAGAUGUAAAUAUUUCAAUAUAUAAGUAGUUGUGUUAAUAUUUUUAUUGCA